UUGGCGUGAACCAGUGGCAGGGUGGCAGAUCGAAGGUUGCAGCAGCGUUUACUAACAGGCUUGUCUCAUUCUAGAGCAUACACACCACCCGAGGGCUUCCGCGCCGUCAACGGAACAUGGCCGGAGCAGUUCGAGCGCACAGCGCUUGAUGGCAAGGAUCUCUGGCUGUUGCGGAUACCUGACAACAUCAAAGCGAAGCAUCUCGAAGGGCUGACAAUCAAGCUUCCCAAGAGCGCGCACAAGGGCGUCAUGGGCGAGGCAACGAUCGACAAGACGACAUACAAAAUCGUGUCCUCUGAGGCUAACACGGCGACAGAGUUUGCAGGCAUGCACGAAAUCAACGUUCUGGUGCCUGACAGCGACGAGUCAGGCAGCCUGACUUUGAUGCCGAAUCGCCCAAAGCACCUGGUAUCACUGGUCGAGACGAUUGAGAUCCCAGAGUCAUUCGAUGCUGCUCAGCAGAUCAAGAACCGCGAACACCCGGCGCGCGACCAGCCAGAGAAUAUGAAGAUGCAGUUUGUGCCCUUUGGAUUCUACUCAGCCGAGGACUACAAAAAGAUGGAUGGAAAGCAGGUCGAGCCGCUGAGUAUGCCGACGGCCACGUCAGAGGAGCCCGCCCAGAAGAAGCGGAAGGUGAGCGCUGGUAUCGAUACGCCUGCAUCGCCAAAGGCCGACAAGAAGAAGGCCAAGAAGGAAAAGAAGCACAAGAAGGCGGAGAAGAGCGCCGAUAGCGGCGCUACGAUGACUCCUGCGUCGUCAAAGGCAUCCAAGAAGGAGAAGAAGCCGAGGCACAAGAAGAGCAAGGCGGACAAGGAGUAGAUGGCUCGUUAACAAGGCAGGUUCAGGACAGUAUUUUUUCUUUUGCUAAAGACAAAUGAACAUCAGGAAUCUUGAAGUGG